AUGUCCAGCCGUGUGCGUACUGGCUGCAGCAUCAAGGAAUACACCUUGUCCCCCCACAACAGCCGUGGCGAGCGCAGAGCAGUGGAUAUACUGUCUGUUGAGGUUCUGAACACCCUGGACGGUGAAUUCAAGGGAAAGUACUACCCCUUGAAUAAGAUGACCGAUGCAGAGCAGGAGCAGCUUAUCGCUGACCAUUUCUUGUUUGACAAGCCCGUCUCCCCCCUGCUGCUGGGCGCUGGUAUAGCCCCUGACUGGCCCGAUGCAAGAGGAAUCUGGCAUAACGAUGCCAAGAGCUUCUUUGUGUGGAUGAAUGAGGAUCAUCUGCGUGUCAUCUCUGUGGAGAAGGGCGGCAACAUGAAGGAGGUCUUCAGACACUUCUGCGUUGUCGGUUGA